GGGUAUGAGGGAUAAUUCUAAAGAACGAAAAAGUGAAUGGACUGAUAAUGGUUUGAUUAAAAUGUUAAUACUCAAACGAAAAGUCUGGAUUAAUGACGUGAAAGUUGAAAGAAAAAUGGUGUAUUGGUGAGAGGGAAUGAUAGGUUAACUCGCACGAACGUCAAAAAGAAUUUCUCGGGUGAUAUGAUCGGUGUGAAUAAAAACAGCUGAUAAAAUAACGCUCGUUUUUUGCACAGGAAAAUCCGAGUGAGAAUAGGUCAGAGGAAUAUCCAAGGAUACCGGUGUCGUCCUUGGAUGGUCCCAAAGAGUGGACAUACACAAUGAGAAGGAGCAUGCAAGAAGUCGUUCCUGGUUUGUAUCUCGGUCCAUACAGUUCAGCGAGCAGAUCAAAAUUCGAAUCCCUCCUAGAACGCGGUAUAACUCACAUAGUAUGCGUCAGACAAGACAUUGAAGCUCAUUUUAUAAGGCCCAAUUUUCCGGACAAAUUCAAAUACCUUGUUUUGGACAUCGCCGAUUCAGCAACGGAAAACAUAAUCCAACACUUUCAAAAAGUGAAGGCUUUUAUAGACGAGGGUCUAAACUCAGGCGGUCAAGUUUUGGUCCACGGUAACGCGGGAAUUUCGAGAUCAGCUGCGUUAGUCCUCGCCUACGUUAUGGAAACAUAUGGUCUUUCGCAAACACGAGCGUACUCAAUCGUCUCACAGAGAAGAUUCUGCAUUAAUCCGAACGAAGGUUUCAUGGCUCAGCUCAGAGAGUACGAGCCGAUAUAUCAGGCGCAAAAGACAUUGAGAAACGGGCAACAAAGCUCGGCGAGACAACGUAGCAAAAGAACGAUACACCAAAUGGACACAGAGCGUAACGAGGAGAGAUGCGACGCGAUGGACAGUUGAUAGCAAUUAUGUGGUUUACCAAAGUUAACACAAGACUUGAUAAGACAAAUAGGCUUAAAGGAAAUCUCAGAGUCGCAAGUCGAACGAGAAAAAUUACAAAAAAGGAACAAAAAAUCGUAUCGCAAAGCAGAAGAUAAAACACCAAGAUAAACUAUUGAAAUCGAUCGGUUUUCAAGAGUUUGCCGACUAUUUCCGAUUGCGCUUUUUCACCCAUUUGUAGCAAACGUUCGGGGCGAGAAUUAUGCGAACUGAAAUCCAUUCGAAGGAGUUCUCGGAAAAUAAAAUUUAUGACGAGCGUGAGGAUGUCUCAUUUGCUGAAGUCGCAUCUACGAAUUCAAAAGUGUUCAAAAAAACUUUAGAAUGAUUUCCGUUCAAAUUUUUCUCAACCGAUAUUUCCCGCCUAUAAUAAACCGCUCACUUACCGGAGAAGGUAUUCUGAUGAUUUUCGAAAAAUCGUCCAAACGGCGAAACGAAAUGAAAGAGUAUAAGAGCAAGGAAAUCCGUGUAAUCACAACCGACGAAAUGUGUGCAAAUAACGCUUUAGACGCGGCUAAUUAAUCUAGGCUGACUGAUGUAGACUUAUUAUACUUCCUCGCGUUUCGAAAACUAAUUCAAUCGAAAUACUUGGUGAGAAACAAAUACGUUUUUUUCCAACCUUUUGCUGUGAAUCGUAAAUUCGCUCGGUCAUUAAACUAAACCAUCGUUUAGUUAAGAUUCUGGGGUCAAAGCGAUCGGUGAAUCGAUCCUUGUGUAUGACACCGAAGACAUUUUUUACGUGAUAAGCCGCUGCUCUGUGUCCCGUUUUUUUGAUAGUUUUUUUUUUACUAAAAUUCACUCGCAUUACGAGUUUGAACGUAAACGAGAUUGAUUGGUCCACCGUUUCGGAAUACCCCCGAAUCAGACUACAUGAAGCGACAAAUUUCUAUGUAAACCUACCGUUCGUAGAGCUCGAAUUUAUUUAACUUUGGCAAACCACCCACGCCUGUUGUAAUCUCUUGUCUCGAUCGGUCCCUCUAAAUUCCCAAGUCCGCCCUCAACUAUACAGAACGAAAAACUUCCUACGUACUCUAUUUUUUAUUUAAUAGUCAUUUAAGUUGUUUAUAACUGUUGUUACACAAUUGUAAAGAAACGAAAAAUACAUACGAUAUUUUCAA